GCUUUCCAUUAGACAGAGAGAGAGAGAGCAAGAUAGUGGAAGUGUGUGAGUGUGUGUGUGAUGGCCAGGUGGAGUCUGAGUGGCCGUUCGGGUCAGUUUCUCUCCACACUGAAAGAACUGCCACAGGCGAGAAGCAAUCACUCAAGUGUACCUGCUGUUAAAGAAGCUCUGUAUCAAAGGGACAACUCAACAGUUCGACCGUUCAAUGAGAUACCUGGGCUAUGGAAGAACAGUCUGGCAAAUCUCUAUACAUUCUGGAGAAUGGAUGGAUUCAGGAAUAUUCAUCGGAUUAUGGUGCACAAUUUUAAUAUCUUCGGUCCUAUUUACAGGGAAAAAAUUGGAUACUAUGAUAGUGUCAACAUCAUCAAACCUGAAGAUGCUGCUAUCUUGUUCAAAGCUGAGGGUCAUUAUCCCAAAAGACUCAGGGUGGAAGCCUGGACCUCGUACAGGGACUACAGGAAUCGCAAAUACGGUGUACUGCUAAAAGAUGGCGAGGACUGGAAACAUAAUAGGAUUAUUCUAAACAGGGAAGUCAUUUCACCAAAAGUUCAGGGCAACUUUGUGCCUCUACUGGAUGAAGUCGGUCAGGAUUUUGUGGCUCGUGUUUAUAAGAAGAUUGAGAGGAGUGGUAAAAAUGAAUGGACCACAGAUCUAUCCCACGAGCUCUUUAAAUAUGCGCUGGAAUCUGUGAGUGUUGUGUUGUACGGCGAGCGCUUGGGUCUGCUGUUAGACUACAUCGAUCCAGAUGCCCAGCACUUCAUUGACUGUAUCACCCAAAUGUUCAAGACCACCUCCCCAAUGCUAUAUCUUCCCCCGGCUCUGCUCCGUCGCCUGGGGGCAAAAAUCUGGAAGGACCACAUAGAUGCUUGGGACGGAAUCUUUAACCAGGCGGACAUAUGCAUCCAGAACAUCUACAGGCAGCUGAGGAAAGCUCCUGAAGCCAAUGGGAAGUACCCGGGUGUGCUGGCAAGCCUUCUAAUGCUAGACAAGUUGUCCAUCGAGGACAUCAAAGCAAGCGUCACAGAGCUGAUGGCUGGAGGGGUGGAUACUACAUCUAUAACACUGCUGUGGACGCUAUAUGAGUUGGCUCGUCACCCAGACCUCCAGGAGGAGAUCCGGGCAGAGAUCUCGGCUGCUCGUGUGGCCUCUAGGGGAGACAUGGUGCAGAUGCUCAAGAUGGUUCCUUUGCUUAAAGGAGCCCUGAAGGAAACUCUGAGGUUACAUCCUGUUGCAGUAAGCUUACAAAGAUACAUCACUGAGGAUAUUGUCAUUCAGAAUUACCAUAUCCCAGCUGGGACAUUGGUACAGCUGGGUCUCUACGCUAUGGGUCGUGAUCAUCGGGUUUUCACACAUCCGGAUCAGUACCGGCCCUCUCGCUGGCUCAGAAGUGAAAGCCACUACUUUAAGAGUCUGGGAUUUGGGUUCGGCCCACGCCAGUGCCUGGGUCGCAGGAUAGCUGAAACAGAGAUGCAGCUUUUCCUCAUUCAUAUGCUGGAGAACUUUAGGUUUGAGAAGCAGAGACAGGUGGAGGUGAGGAGCACGUUUGAGUUGAUCAUUCUCCCUGAGAAGCCCAUCAUGCUAACAGUCAAACCACUGCACAGAAACACAUAGGAUAACUGCAAACAGG